AUUUUCUGUGAUAGGGUAUAAAUGAAAAUGUCAAAAAAAAAAUAUGGCGGAGGUAUGUUUAUGGCGUCUGUAAUUAUAAGGAGAUCUAGUUACUGCUAAUUAACUUAAACCUCCAAUAUAUUUAAGCUAAUAAAUUUUUUAUAUUUUGAAGAAAUCUUCCAGUUUUGAUGUGAAUGGUGUGUAGUUGUAGAAAGUCAGAUAUGAUGGACGGGCGUGAGGAGGGGUUUUAUGAAGGAUUGUAGUGUGUCAUGCAGCCAGAGCAAAGCCGAUACAUCAAUUCAGUUUCAGACCUUUUACUCAGUACUGACGAAAUCGAGUUCUUGUUAGAAGACAUUAGAGACCUGGAGCCCACAAGCUGUAAACCUGAAGAUAUUCAGGUAUUCCCAUCUCAGUUUAUUGUGUUGCAGGUUGCCGAUGGUAUGAGUUCUGUGUUGCAGGACUUUGAGAUCGCAGGCAGCAGGACUGGCGCACUCAGUAGCGCCGAUUGUGCAGGAGGAUGCGAAUGCGAUUCGCCCUUGGACACGGUCAAUUCCUGGGACUCACACUCUCAUUAUAGACAGAGGGCUGCUUCACCUGAUAUCUCUCUCUAUUCUGGUGUGAUAGUGUAUUGCGACCAUACCCAUUUGAAGACACCAACAGGAUUUUUACGAGUUAUUUUACUUGUAACAACUAUAGCAUGUUUAGCAUGCUUGUGCAGUUCUGGCACAAUGAAAGUAGGACUAUUUAUGCUUCCAUUGGUAGGAAGAAUACGAUUUAUGAUGUUUGUGUCUCUGUUGAGCAUAUUAGCCACCAGUCUUUUACUGUUUCUUGAUAUUUCACAUAUUAUAUAUCUAUUUCCGUUUAAUUGGGGAAAACUGAACGCAUAUUUCUAUGUGAGCCUUAGUGUGUUGUUCCUGAUAGCUUCAUCACUGAUUUUCCAUUCCUUAUUCUUAUCAGAGGCCUUUUCUUGGGUUCCAAAAUGGACACAUGAACAUUUACUAAUCACAGGUUGUUUAGGAUAUAUGUGUUGCUUGGAAUCAGUCCUAUUGGCCUUAAUACAAAAGCGUUCUAAGGGUCCUUAUGAACCAGUAGCAGAAGACCCUAGUCUGAACCUACAAGAGCGACAAACUUCCCUGCAAACUUCACCAUUUCAUAGGUCCAAUCAAGUUACGCACAAUUACAAACCUAUGAUGAAUCAUCCUGCAAUUGGUCCAUCCACUUCUCAACAAGAGACAUAUUAUUUUGAAGAUGUCCAACCUUGUUCAUCAAAAAGUGGCACAUACUACAGAAGUGCAUCAUAGUUGAUAUUUUUUCGUUCAUGAUAUGCAUGUGCUAUACUGUUACUGGCAAUUGUUUGAAUACAGGAGAUAUCAACAAUUUAGUGAUAUAGUGACCAGUAAGUGCUUCUUCAAGAAAAUUUGACAACUAAUAGAAUAAUGAAUCAAACUUAUCAAACAUCAAAAAAUUAUAUUUAAACUUUUGCUUAAUUCUUUACAAGAAAUAAAACUUUUUUAUAUGAG